GCCACUGCCUGCCUCACAGAUCUGGCGUCCCUCUUCACCUCGGCACCGACCCCGCCGCCCGACCUCGCCAGCUACAUCGAGGCCCACCCCAUCACCAACCCCUGUUCCUACUCCAUCGAUGGGUCCGUUGGGGGUGAAUUCUCGAGCUACUUGACCAAAGCCUACUCGUGGUACUACUCCAUCUCGGACGACCUAUACAGCAUCAUCUCAGAGUGCCCCGGCGCUAGCAGCGCCGUUCAGAACGAGCCCUUCUGCACUGACGGCACCCUUGCCAACGGCGGAGGUUCUCCUGCUACUUCGACAGGCGGAGCCGGCUCUGCUGCUGGCACCGGCUCCGGCAGCGGCAGCUCUAACACGAAGCCAACUUCCACCAACGGCGGCCCGCGCGAGACUGGCCUUGCCGGCGCCGUUGUGCUUGCGGCUGGCUUCCUCGGCGUUGUU